GCGCCGCUGACUGGCUGGCGGGCGGCCCUGACUGGCGGGCACGUCGCCGCCGGUGGUUAACGCCGCCGGUGGCGGGAAAGUUGAGUACCUGGUGCGCGGCGCUUUCGGGACGAUGUGUAGUGACCUCCACAGGGCCGAGUCAGGGACGGAGCUCCUUGCCCGACUUGAAGGUCGAAGCUCCUUGAAAGAAAUAGAGCCCCAUCUGUUUGCUGAUGAAGAGUCACCUCUGCAUGGUGAUAUUCUUGAAUUUCAUGGUCCAGAAGGAACUGGAAAAACUGAAAUGCUUUAUCAUUUAACAGCACGAUGUAUACUUCCAAAAUCAGAAGGUGGACUGGAAGUAGAAGUCUUAUUUAUUGAUACAGAUUACCACUUUGAUAUGCUUCGGCUUGUUACAAUUCUUGAGCAUAGACUGUCCCAGAGUUGUGAAGAAACCGUAAAAUGCUGCCUUGGAAGAUUUUUUUUGGUACACUGCAGUAGCAGCACCCAGUUACUCCUCACACUCUACUCACUAGAAACCAUGUUUUGUAGUCACCCCUCUCUCUGCCUUCUGAUUUUGGAUAGCCUGUCAGCUUUUUACUGGAUAGACCGUGCCAAUGGAGGAGAAAGGGUUAACUUGCAGGAGUCCGCUCUGAAGAAAUGUUCUCAGCUCUUAGAGAAACUUGUCAAUGAGUAUCGCUUGGGCCUCUUGGCAACAACACAGAGUAUCAUGCAGAAAGCCUCAGACCAGGCUGAAGGGCCUUGCUCUGCCUCCAGCCACGCCCGCGACACCCACGUGGACUACAUCCCCUAUCUCUGUAAGGCGUGGCAACAAGUGGUAAAGUGCAGACUGUUUUUCUCCAAAGACGAUUCUAAAACCAGUAACCAGUUUGCUUUAGUUUCACGUCAUUUAAAAAAUAACAAUUUAAAAAACCAUGUUUUUAUUAUUGGAGAAAGUGGGGUUGAGUUCUGUUGAUAUCGUAUGUAUCAAAAUAAUCUUGUAGGAUAUUAUGCAAGUUUUAAGAAGCUUAAUAGGCAAAAGUGAUUCAGUUCUUAAGUUUUACACACUAAGGGAAUGAACUUAGCAGAAUGGAUUUCUUAAACUAGAACAGUACAACCUCAGAAUAUUCUGUUCCUAGGUCAUUGAAGAUUAAUCAAAGUGAUAUUAACAAUUAAACUGUAUAUUAAACUUGUUUUAAAACACAU